CUUUCAGCUCGGUAGAAGUAAGACAUGCCAGCCCCUUGUGUACCGCAGGUUAAAUCCAGUGGUGAACUAUUCAAGGCCCUUGCCUCGCAGAUGCCAUCCCUCGCCUCCGUGUUAUGACAGAGCGCAUAGAGUCCAGGGACUCAGACACGCGCAAUUAUGCCAGGCAACUUUCCGAGAGACUACGCUUCGACUCAGAGCAUCCAAAAUGUGAUCGAAAGGGCAAAAAGAAGGUCCUACCAGCCAAUGGACCCGGCAGUGACUGCUCUUAAAGACACGUUGGAAAGCGACAAGAUCUUGAGCGCCCUCUGUCGAUCCAUGUUCGCCGAGGGAAAGAAAUUGGUUCUCGCGAACAGGGCACAUCCAGGCUACCUUGAGAUAGAUAAUAUUCCGCUCCUGAUGCGGCUAUUGGACUAUAUCCUGGUGACCUCUCCAGAAUGGGAAGAUCUGAAUGUGCCAGACUAUCUGGGCGGGCUUCCGUUUAACCUUGUCUUGAUGGUUUUGAUGGAAACGCGCAGUGGACAGAGCUUGUUCAGGCAUGAUCAGGUAAACCGGCAUCUAAGCACGAUCCUGAGAAAAUGGUCGCGAUUCCUUGAGUCACCAGAAUCAGCCUACGCACUCAACUCGAAAGACGGGUGGCUGUCUGCAGUUGCAAUGGCAAGAUUACAGGACAUUGCCAACCAUCCCACGCGAGACAACCGAGCCUUCAUCGAUAUUUUCGACUGUCCCGAUCCGUCAAAUCCGGACACCCUCGGAUUUUCGUCUUGGGAUGCUUUCUUUACGCGUCGGUUCAAACCGGGGAUCCGACUGACGCCUUCUCAACAUGUACUCUAUCCUGGCGGAAAGGGGGAUGGGGCUCCAAUUUUAAAUGCUUGCGAGUCGACGCCCUGGCACAUCACCCGCCACUGCUCGCUGGAGAGCAACAUUAUGCUCAAAGGAAAGUCGCAUUCCGUGGCCUCAAUGUUGGGCAAAAGCACACUCACACAACAUUUUUCCGGUGGCACCGUCUACCAAGCAUAUCUGUCGGCCUUGAGCUAUCACCGCUGGCAUGCUCCCGUGUCAGGAACAAUCCGCAGCAUCCUCUACCUCAACGGGAGCUACUUCUCCCAGCUUCCCAUGUCGGAUAAUCUGGCCAUGGAAAAAUCACAGAGUUACCUAGCUACCGUUGCGACGCGCAUGGUGGUUUUUAUUGAAGCCACUGAUCCUGGCGUUGGACUCAUGGCCUUCGUGGCAGUUGGCAUGGGUGAAGUGUCAUCCUGCGAGGCGUCGGUAGCAGAAGGGGACCAUGUCGAGGCUGGAGAUGAGAUUGGGUGUUUCCAUUAUGGGGGGUCAACACAUUGCCUGGUCUUCAGGGGAGGAGUAGACGUACGUUUUGAGUCUCUGGUUGAGGAUGAACAGAGAAACUGCCCUGUCCCCGUAAAAAGCCUGCUG